GAAGUCCCGGAAAUUUCAAGGAAGAGUCCUCGAUACUUCCUAAGAAGCAACAGCAGAACAAAAAAAAAAUAGGAAGAAAUUUCAAUGAAAAAAGGGUAAAAGAAAAUUCAACAAAAAGAAAAUUCAACGGCGCGUGAUUUAGAAGACCAAUGGAUUGAUAAUUAUUCAUAUGUGACUGUUGACCAUUGCUCCAUUUUCAUUAGGUCUUCUUUCAUUUUCUUUCACCAUGUUCGUGGCCGAGAUCCUCUCCUUCUUCCCAUUCUUGUGAGAUUUUUUAUAGUUCUGAUCAUUCUGAUCUUUUUCUGUUUUGGGUACUUACUGGAUUUCCUCGUUUCCCUCUUGGAUUGGUCAUCUGUGUUUUGUUGGAUCUUUUCGAUUCUUCAUUCGAAUUGAGUCAAAAUUAUAGUCUGGAAAUGAUGGGAGGACAAUCUAGCAAAAGCAAAUCAGGUGGUGGGGAUGUUUCUUUUCCUCCACUUCCCAUCAACGAUGCUCGCUAUGCAGCUGCCCUUAGUUCAUAUGAAGCCGAGUGUUUAGAAAAUCCAGAUUUGAAAUCCUUUGAUGUUCAAGUGCACGAAAGGACGAGCCGAGCUCUCAAUUCACUGGCUGGUGGAGUUGCCGUUGGCUCGUUGUCAAUGGAUGCACUUAUGGAGGUCACUGACUUCUUACUGGAAAUGAAUGGAGAUGCUGUCAAGAUUAUCCUUAAAAGUAAAGAGGAUGUGUGGAACAAAGGGUUGUUUAGUCUUGUGGAGGCAUUCUUUGAUAACAGUCUCAAAGUGUUAGAAUUCAGUAAGGCAUUGGAGGAGAGUUUACGACGUACUCGAGACAGCCAGUUCAUCAUUAAACUUGCUGUUAAAAAGUUUGAGAGUGAUGAGAAUGGAGAUAAUGGUGAGAGAUAUGUUAAAACGUUUGAAGACUUGAAGAAAUUUCAGGAGGCUGGGGAUCCAUUUGGUGAGGAGUUCGUUACAUUAUUCCGGUCCUUGUACAAAGAGCAUUUAUCUAUGUUCAAGAAAUUGCAACAUCAAAAGAAGAAGCUUGACAAGAAAUAUUCGACCAUGGAAACAUGGAAGACAGUGUCGAAUGUCAUUUUGGUUACUGCAUUUGCCUCCGUACUGAUAUUUUCGGUCGUAGCAGCUGCAAUGUCUGCACCUCCCGUGGUGAUUGCAUUGGGUGCUGCACUAGCUGUUCCAAUGGGUCCAGUUGGGAAAUGGUGUAACACACUGUGGAAUCGAUACUUGAACAGCAUUAAAGUAGAGAAGCAACUUCUGAGCUCUAUGGAAGGUCACAGUUUCAUAAUUCUAAAGGACUUCGAGAACAUUAGAUUACUUGUGCGCAGAUUAUCGAUUCAGUUAGGUUCGUUAUUGCAGAAUGCCAAUCUUGGCAUUAGGGAGCAGGGCGCUAUGCAGCUUGUAAUAGAUGAAAUCAAGAAAAACCUUGAAGGUUUUGAUGAGACCAUUGAGAAAUUGAGUGCACAUGCUACUAAAUGCAGCACAGAUGUAACAAAGGCUAGAGAAGUCAUUCUUCAGAAAAUAGCAAGGCAAUCUAACAGCUGAUAACACAACACCUUCAAUCAGAUUUGCUUCUACGGCUCAUCAGUUGAUUUUGCCCAUAUGCUAACUCGGUUGGCAUCGAAAAAAUAGCGAGAGAAGAGAUAGACUAAGAUGGGCCAUAAAUUAGUCAGACACUACUCUUCUUAGACCUGAAAGAUUGGGAAUCGUGUCAAGGUGAAAUCGCACGCUUGAUUGAUAUUUAUUUAUGAUAAGCUUUAAACAUUGUUAGGAAAGAUUUGGAAGGAUUUAGUUUCUUCUUUAUCUCUUCUUUCUAUUGAUGUCAUGUAUGUAAACUGUCACCAAGGUUACACCAAGAGGUGUGGGAAUGAAUGUAUAAUAACUUAAUCUCUUUAUUGUUCUCUUUUGAGAAAUAUGUGGACUAAUUCCACCCACUCAUUAUGAACAUACUCUGCUGGUUAAUACCAUAGGAAGUUUGUGCAUCAACAUUACUGUAA